AAAAAAGCCACACAGACUCUGGUUAAAAAAAAAAAAAUUACCCGGAUGUGGUCUGCGUUUGCGCAUGCCCAGUGCCCCCCUCGACAAGUUGGCAGCAACAACACGGCCCCGGUCGUCGUCGCCUUAACGGAGCGUCCCGGGUGGCGGAGUCUGUGCUCCAGCUCGUUCUCCUUCCGAGGUCUCGGCCGCCCUCCCCUCCGCUCGGCCGCCGCCCGGGGGGCGGGAAGGGGUGGGCUUCGCUACGGGUGAGCGGAGUCCGGUGCCUUCCUGGGAGAGGCCCCCUCCGCGGGUCGGCCGCCCGGGAGCCCGAACCGGCUCGGCCCGUGAGGAGAAGGGGGGGCGGCCCGGCCCCGCGUAGGGGCAGUGAGGCCGGGGGCCGCGGCGGCGGCCCGGCCGGGAGGGAUCCCGCUGCGCGCCCUGUACCAGGCCGCGGCGGCGGCCCAGCCUUCGCCCAAGCCCAGGGGCGGGAGAGGACCGCCGCCGCCGCCGCCGCCUCCUCCUGCCCGCGGCGGCCGGAACCCAGGAAAAGAUGUGGAAGUAAUAGAGUGUGGAGCAUCUAGUGACAAAAAAAUGAAACCGGCUAUAUCCUAAGAGGCAAGAAGUGACAAGCUGUAGAUAUGACCAUCAUUUUGGAACACAUUGUCUUUGCACAGUCGAAUCAUGUAGCCAAGGUUAUCUUGUAUACCACAUGUCUGUAACUGUUUUGCCUGUGGGCAGUAUUAGGAUUUGUUCCUUGCUGCCUGAACAAUAUCGACAUUGCUCUAGGAAUUUUGGACUUAAUUGAUUUAAAAGAAAAAAACGGUAACAAAUGGACAAUAUGUCUAUCACUAACACACCCACAAGUAAUGAUGCCUGUCUAAGCAUUGUUCAUAGUUUGAUGUGCCAUAGACAAGGUGGAGAAAGUGAAACAUUUGCAAAAAGAGCAAUUGAAAGUUUAGUAAAGAAACUGAAGGAGAAGAAGGAUGAAUUGGAUUCUUUAAUAACAGCUAUAACUACAAAUGGCGCCCAUCCCAGCAAGUGUGUUACAAUACAGAGGACAUUGGAUGGCAGGCUUCAGGUGGCUGGUCGGAAAGGUUUCCCUCAUGUGAUAUAUGCUCGUCUCUGGAGGUGGCCUGAUCUUCACAAAAAUGAACUUAAACAUGUGAAAUACUGUCAGUACGCUUUUGACCUAAAAUGUGAUAGUGUUUGUGUGAAUCCAUAUCAUUAUGAAAGAGUUGUAUCACCUGGCAUUGAUCUCUCAGGAUUGACACUGCAAAGUUCUGCUCCAUCAAGUAUGUUGGUGAAGGACGAAUAUGUUCAUGACUUUGAGGGACAGCCAUCAUUGUCCACUGAAGGACAUUCAAUUCAAACCAUCCAGCAUCCACCGAGUAACCGUGCAUCUUCAGAGACAUACACCAACCCAGCCAUGUUAGCUCCAUCUGAAUCUAACACUACCAGCACCACUAACUUUCCCAACAUUCCUGUGGCUUCCACAAGUCAGCCUACCAGUAUAUUGACAGGCAGCCAUAGUGAAGGACUUUUGCAGAUAGCUUCAGGACCUCAGCCAGGACAGCAACAAAAUGGAUUUACUGCUCAGCCAGCUACUUACCACCAUAACAGUACUACCACCUGGACUGGAAGUAGAACUGCAGCAUAUCCGCCUAAUAUACCUCACCACCAAAAUGGUCAUCUUCAGCAUCAUCCGCCUAUGCCACCCCAUCCUGGACAUUACUGGCCAGUUCACAAUGAGAUUGCAUUCCAACCUCCCAUUUCUAAUCAUCCUGAUUUCUCCAGGUCUGAAAACAGCACAUUGAGGUCACCAGCAGCUCCUGAAUAUUGGUGUUCAAUUGCUUACUUUGAAAUGGAUGUUCAGGUAGGAGAGACAUUUAAAGUUCCUUCAAGCUGCCCAAUUGUUACUGUCGAUGGAUAUGUGGACCCAUCUGGAGGAGACCGCUUUUGCUUGGGUCAGCUCUCCAACGUUCACAGAACUGAAGCCAUUGAGAGAGCAAGGUUGCACAUAGGCAAGGGUGUGCAGCUGGAAUGUAAAGGUGAAGGUGAUGUUUGGGUUAGGUGCCUCAGUGAUCAUGCAGUGUUUGUGCAAAGUUACUACUUAGACAGAGAAGCUGGGCGAGCACCAGGAGAUGCUGUUCACAAGAUUUAUCCAAGUGCAUAUAUAAAGGUAUUUGAUUUACGCCAGUGCCACCGUCAGAUGCAACAGCAGGCUGCCACUGCACAAGCUGCAGCAGCUGCUCAGGCCGCAGCAGUAGCAGGAAAUAUCCCUGGACCAGGAUCAGUAGGUGGAAUAGCCCCUGCUAUCAGUCUGUCUGCAGCUGCUGGGAUUGGUGUGGAUGACCUGCGCCGCUUAUGCAUACUCAGGAUGAGUUUUGUAAAAGGCUGGGGCCCUGACUACCCAAGGCAGAGCAUCAAAGAAACACCUUGCUGGAUUGAGAUUCAUUUACACCGUGCCCUCCAACUCCUAGAUGAAGUACUUCAUACCAUGCCUAUUGCAGACCCACAGCCAUUAGACUGAGGUCUUUGUGCUGUGGCCAUGUGUCAGGAUGGUGGACUGUAAAAUACAAUCCUGUUUAUAACCUGAAGAUAUAUUUUACUUUUGUUCUGCUUAAUCUUUUCAUAAAAGGUUGGAAAAUGUGUUUGCUGCCUUGCUCCUAGCAGACAGAAACUGGAUUUAAAAACUUUCCCCCCAUUUAGAAACUUGUUUCAGGUGUGAGGCAUGACUCAGAGCUUGAAAUAGGGGAAAACAUAUCCAGAUGAAGUCCUUACUAGCUAUAUAUGAAGGAAUCAUUCCAGUGCUGAAAAUGUAACCUUUAGCACAUACUAGAGCCUUUUGUGUGCAAAACCUAUAUACAUAAUCUUAGAUGUUAUUCUGCAGAAUAAAUUCAACAUUGCUAAUGUUUAAAUGCAGAGAAAGUUCUCAAAGAGAAUUCACCUCUAUCUCAUUCUGUAUGUGAGUGGUUACUGUUAAUCAUAUAUCUUAAUCAAAAAUACUGUGCCAUGUGGGUGAGUUAAUAUUAUUAAGAGCAACUUGACUCUGUGGAGAUUUGGUCACAAAAAUUUCAGUGGAACCUCUUCCCAAAGUAAUUUCUUUGAAACUUGAACAAGUGAAGACAACAUUUUAAUUCCUAUUGUAGCUUGCAGCUUCGAUUUUACAUUUGCCAAGGCUAAUAUAUAUAUAUAUAUAUUUAAAAAAUCCUUACCGCUAGACAAAAACUUGUUUUAAAUUACAUUUUGCUCUCUGUCUGAUAACUGUGAUUAAGAAGAGGUAUUUCUCUGCCCUGUUGAAGAAUAGUAGUAUUCUUUCUAAAUUUCUGGGCAUUGGGUCUGGUUACUAAAAAGCCUGGAAUAGGAAUUGCUUUCCUUCAUUAAUUCAUAGGGAAAACUUUUGUAUUUUUAAAACACUAAAAGGAGUAUUAUCACUCCACUUAAAUGUCACACUGUUCUGCAAAGCUGAUAAUGCUUAAACUAAAUAAUGAAUAACUAGUAUUUUGGAAACUGCUAAAAAUCUGUGUUAAAUACUGUGCAGAAUAAUGGAAACAUUACAAUUGUUCAUAAUGGGUAGUUUAACUAUUUUUGUACUUGAUUUGAUGUGUGAUUUUUCGUAUACAGUUUAAAUCAUGUAUGUUAUGACAUUGUUUGAAAUUCAGUUUUUGUAUCUUGGGGCAGGACUGCAAACUUGUUUUUUAUACCUUUUGGUUAUUCUAAGCCCUAUGCCAUCAAUGACCAUAUCAAUUGGCAAUGACUUUGUAUAGAGAAUUUAAGUAGAAAAAGUUGCAAUUGUAUUGACUGUACAAGAGAAACAAUAUGUAUGCUUUUUAUCUCGCUAGUGGUAUAAAUAAAACUCUGAAAAUCUCAGUAUACAAA